CAGACUCCGCCUUCAUAAAGCAAACCCUGAAGCACAAUAAUAGCAAACCUCUUACGUUCUACGCCAAGUACAGUAGCAAAUCCUAACAAACUCAUUGCAUAAUUUCACUAGUCUUGAUCAUGAUGGAAAAUAAUUUCUCCGCGCCUCCAGUUCUCCCAGCUACUCGCCUGCGCAACCCUACAGCCAGCCUUACAAUCCUGGAGCCGCUUAGCAGGCGGGGUUUCGGACCAGGACUAAUCAUCCUCGUGCCCGAGACUGGCAAAGCCACCAGUGAUGCAUUGCGGAUCGAUGGAUGUGUGCCGUCUCCGUUGAUGAAAUGGGCAGAAGAGGGCUACACUAUCGCUGAAAUUACAGAGGCAGGACUUGCCAACCCUGAUGUAGCUGUCAGUCAGGCGCUCAAGGAGCUCGAGGCUGCGAUGUCCACUGAGCCUAAGAACGUCGUUGGUAUCAUAGCAUACUCGACAGUGCUUUGGAACCAAAUAGCUCCCCAUGUCGACUCAUUCUCACAGAUCUCAGGUGCUGUCAUUUUUGGCGAUCUUGGGGAUGGCGAGACUUCUGUAAUCGCGUCCUCAAAAGUCCCACAGCUGCAUCAUCUUGCUGGGAGUGCCUCCAAACGCUUGCAACGUACAAGGGCGGUGACGGCUUACAACUACCCGGAAGCAACAUCGUACUUGUUCGCCACUCCUUUCAGCAAAGACUACAGCUACAACAUGGAGUCUAUUUCUCACAGCCGAAGUCUUAGCUUCUUGAAACCUCUUAUGGACGGUCCUUACUUUGAUCUAGAAGUUAUUUGGGACGAACAUACCUAUUGGGAGUUCGAAAACCGCUCCGUGGAGCAUACCAUGAGCACCAUGGUACAAGAGCCAUAUGUUAAUCAUGUGCCUACGAUGACAGGUGGGAUCGGCCGGGAGAAGCUAACUGCCUUCUACCGCGACCACUUCAUUUUCCAGAAUCCUCCAGAUACAGAAACCUGCCUCAUUAGCAGAUCUGUUGGUAUCGAUAGAGUCAUCGACGAGUUUAUUUUCAUCUGCACUCAUCAUUCUCAGAUUGACUGGCUUGCACCAGGGAUCCCUCCCACGGGGCGAAAGCUUGAAAUACCGUUCACCGCUGUUGUUAACAUCCGUGGAGACCGGCUUUAUCACGAACAUAUUUGUUGGGACCAGGGAACAGUGCUAGCGCAGUUGGGUUUAAUGCCUUCCUACCUACCAUACCCUCAUCUAGUGCCCAAUGCGCAGGGUCAAGAGAAAUUGGAAUACCGCGUCCCUAUCGCUGGUGUGGAGACUGCUAAUAAAUUACGGGAUAAAGAUGCUGUCGAGUCGAAUGAGAUGUUCGCGUUUGGUCUUCGCAAAGUCUGA